AUGGGCUGUUGGCUGAGAGGGGCCUGCUCCGGGCUGCUACUCGGGCUGCUACUCGGGCUGCUGCUGUCCUGCUUGCCCGCCGCCGCCGCCACCGGCCAACGCCCUGCCUGCCCGCCUGCCCGUCUGCCCGUCUGCAAAUCACCAGGCCCGGCUGCGUCGUCAUCAGAUCGGUGCCUGCGUAUCGCCCAGCAUCCCGCGCGCUUCCAUCACGGCAUGGCACACAUGGCACAGCACAGCCUCCUGCUAACCGCCUGCCCUGAGCCUGCCCAAAGAGCCCAGCACCAAACGAGAAGGCGCUCAAUGGGUCUCGCCGUGUUUCAUUUAUGA